AGACGACUAUUGCUUAGCUGAUGUACCCAGUGGGUUAAAAAUACGUUAUACAUGAUGCUGCAGCAAUUUAUACUAAGCUUUUUGCUCACCACUGUGGUGCCGAUUUCUGCUCACACAGUUGCACUAGGCAACUUGGCCGUAGUUAUUCGAGGUGAAGGUGUUCUUUCCGAUGAUGGAAAUCCCAUAAAAGCAGCCACAUCUGAUCUGUGGUGCCAAGCUAGGAAAGAUGGUGAAAUACAGGAGAUCACUUGGGCACGAUUCAUACGGACAAAAGACAGAAAAGUUAUUGAGGCACAAAUAGACCCGGACAAUCGACGAGCUCGUCUUGUCUUUGGCGAAGCAUCAGCAGCAGAUUCCGGUAAAUAUCGAUGUGAAAUCCGGACCAAAGAUGGAGAACUGGUCUUUGGAAACAUGUUUGCUUACUCUCGACCGGUUGUGCAUACGAACUCGUCCGAUGCGAUGUCAAUUUCACCUUCGGAUCCUACGCUAGUCAUUGCUCCGCCUCUUUCUUCCUCAAGGGAAUCUACGGCUCACAUUAGAUGUCCUAUCUAUGCCUAUCCUCAUCCGGAAGUUGUCUGGUAUAAGGACGGCAUGCCAAUCGAACCCUCAGCGAAAAUUGCGCAACACAAAAAUUCACUUGAAAUCAGUGCACUCGAGGAUAAGGAUGCCGGGAUGUACAGAUGUGUUGCCUCGAACGAGUUUCCAAUUUACGUCGAUGGACCGGAACAGGAAUUUGAGGUGAAAAUCGAUCGUGAGCUGAAAGUUGGUAGAAAUAUGGGUUGGCUGCUUCCUCUGAUAAUCAUUUUGAUCACCUUGUUGCUUCUCUUCAUUAUCAUCUAUUCAUGUCAAGCUUGGAAGCGAUACAAAGCAGACCAGUACCAUGUUGCCGAAAGAGAACGACAAUACCGAAACGUCGAAAAUCAGCGAUUAGCCGACAACAAUAAGGACUACUAGCCAUACCAGCAGUCACUACACAUACACACACUCCGGUGCAUGACAUCUCGACUUAGCCCCAUUAGCCGUACUGCACGAAAUGCCUAGCUGUAGAGCUUGUAAGCACAUUGCGAAGGCUGCCAGAUGCCAAGUGCCAGGUGCCUCUACAGUAUCCAGUAAGCAGCACGCAUUUUUCGAUACUCAUCACUGCCGUGCUUUUUCUUCUAAAAUUUGGACCCAGACAGACAUUUGUGACCCUUGCCUCAUGACCCGAUUGACCCCAGUUUGCUAAGUUUUGAUUUAAGCGGCAAUGUAUAUAGAGUAAUGUUAUACCUAGAUUGCCUAAUGUUGUUUUAUGAGAUCUGCCAUUGCUGUUAGCACUAAUGUGAUGUGCGUAUCCCGGACGAAUUUCUUUUUUUAAUUAUUUGUGUGCUCUUAGAAGAGAUUAGCAAAGUCGUGAAACGUAUAGAUGAGUUACCACACGCAGACACAGGGCGCCAUUGCGGAUCAAGCGCGACUGCAUCUCUCUUACCGUCUGGUGUCUCUUCCAUACACAAGCUGUCUCAUUUGGACUCCGUUGCUCCCGGCUGAGAUAGUUUGUCUUUGGUAGAGAUACCAGACGGUCAGAUUUAGAAGUGCGUGCUUGUUCACAGAUGCCUAUACUUCAGCUCAAAUGCGCAACCUUCGACCAUUCGUCCACUACGGUUCAUCACAAUUGGCAAUAUCUUCAUAUAUUUACACGUUGCUUUCUCGCCUUUGCCUCAGAAGAAACGCCUUAUAUGACCAAGUGUUAGACUCCCACACACCUAUCAUGUGUAAGCACCCAUGUCCCAUCCCAACCCCAGCUUUACAAAUGCAUUGUUCCAUGUUUAAAAGGAACGAACGACAUUCAGUCACUCCCCCAUCCCUCUUCACUACCGUAAUCGAUGCACCUCUCUGUUGAUGUUAUUGAUCGGUUAGAAUCACCCGUUAAACUUGUUCACGAUACAAUUGUUCAUUCUUAUAGUUUUAUAUAGUUCAGUUAUUUUGCGUGUGUCUCCUGCCAGGUGUAUCGCGAAGUCACAAUCUUCACUUAACUGGAAGUUCAUUUAAGUGAGCAUACUUAGUGUAAUGUGUUCAGAAUAAAUUUAAUAUGUCAUUAUUGAUCA